AUGAAUGUAAAUUUGGUUCGCUCUCAGUAUAGAAAUCGAUAUGUUAUACGUUGUCAACAACUAUACAGUGAAUGUAAUUCACAAAUCAAUAAACAAGUGUAUGCGCUACAGUUACCAUCUCGUCGUGCUCAAUCUAUAUUUUCAUUCUAUGAUAAUUAUGUCGAAAAUGAACAUGAACGUUCUCGAUCAAAAUGGACAACAGUUCGACGACGUUUACCAGAUAUUCUUGCACUCAGUCCGACCUAUAAGCCGAAAAGUGUUCGAGCUCAACUCUUUUUACUUAUGGCAUUAAUGAAUCGACAAUCGAAUGAACUACAUCAAUCAAGUGAUAAUAAAUCGGAUUUUGAAUUAGCAUGUGCUCCGCAAAGCGUUAUUAUUAAUAUCGGUGGUCAUAAUCGGCUAAUUCAUUUAAAACUUAUUCCACCACAACAAAUGAUACACGUCGAUGUUGGUGAUCUUACAUUUUCAAUUCCAACACGACAAUUUAUCACAGCUAUAAGUCGCGGUGAUGCAUAUCAAGCAGCUUCGAAAAUAUGUCCACCGGCUAUAACGGAUAUGCUCAUUAAUUUAUCGAAAACAAAAGUUGCCGAUGAUGGUAUACAAUAUCAACGAAUACUACUUCGAAUGCGAAUUGGUAAAAUAUUGUUUUUCUCUCUAUUUGCAUUUAUUAUUGGAAUGAUGUUGAUACUUAUGCUAAGUACUAUGGAUGUACUACUGAAGAUGCGUUGA